UCGGGGCCCCGGCGGCCCGCGCCCCUGCUAGGCUGCGGCGGCAUGGCCCGCGCGCCCGGCGCGACCUCUGCGGAUUGCAUCGGUGCGCGGCGGCGGGGCAUGCCCAGGGCACCGGGCACGGCCUUCAAUGGGCGAGGACACGGACACGCGGAAAAUUAACCACAGCUUCCUGCGGGACCACAGCUAUGUGACCGAAGCCGAUAUCAUCUCUACUGUCGAGUUCAACCACACCGGGGAGCUGCUGGCCACAGGUGACAAGGGUGGCCGGGUCGUCAUCUUCCAGCGGGAACCAGAGAGCAAAAAUGCACCUCACAGCCAGGGCGAAUAUGACGUGUACAGCACCUUCCAGAGCCACGAGCCCGAGUUCGACUAUCUCAAGAGCCUGGAGAUAGAGGAGAAGAUCAAUAAGAUCAAAUGGCUCCCACAGCAGAACGCCGCCCACUCGCUGCUGUCCACCAACGAUAAAACCAUCAAGUUAUGGAAGAUCACCGAGAGGGAUAAAAGGCCCGAGGGCUACAACCUGAAGGACGAGGAGGGAAAGCUGAAGGACCUGUCCACAGUGACAUCGCUGCAGGUGCCAGUGCUGAAGCCCAUGGACCUGAUGGUGGAGGUGAGCCCGAGGAGGAUCUUUGCAAAUGGCCACACCUACCACAUCAACUCCAUCUCCGUCAACAGCGACUGCGAGACCUACAUGUCGGCCGACGACCUGCGCAUCAACCUCUGGCACCUGGCAGUCACCGACAGGAGCUUCAACAUCGUGGACAUCAAGCCGGCCAACAUGGAGGACCUCACGGAGGUGAUAACGGCGUCCGAGUUCCACCCCCACCACUGCAACCUCUUCGUCUACAGCAGCAGCAAGGGCUCCCUGCGGCUGUGCGACAUGCGGGCGGCCGCGCUGUGUGACAAGCACUCCAAGCUCUUUGAGGAGCCCGAGGAUCCCAGCAGCCGCUCCUUCUUCUCCGAGAUCAUCUCCUCGGUGUCCGAUGUGAAGUUCAGCCACAGUGGCCGCUACAUGCUCACGCGGGACUACCUCACGGUCAAGGUCUGGGACCUGAACAUGGAGGCACGGCCCAUCGAGACCUACCAGGUGCAUGAUUACCUUCGCAGCAAGCUCUGCUCGCUCUACGAGAAUGACUGCAUCUUCGACAAGUUCGAGUGCGCCUGGAACGGCAGCGACAGUGUCAUCAUGACUGGGGCCUACAACAAUUUCUUCCGCAUGUUCGACCGCAACAGCAAGCGGGAUGUGACCCUGGAGGCGUCGCGCGAGAGCAGCAAGCCGAGGGCCGUGCUCAAGCCCCGGCGCGUGUGCAUCGGUGGCAAGCGGCGGCGUGACGACAUCAGCGUGGACAGCUUGGACUUCGCCAAGAAGAUCCUGCACACGGCCUGGCACCCGGCGGAGAACAUCAUCGCCAUCGCUGCCACCAACAACCUCUACAUCUUCCAGGACAAGGUCAACUCCGACAUGCACUAGGGGCCCUUCACACCUGCGGCACGGGAGGGGCCGUCGUGGGGCGGAGGGCGCCUGGGCCUGCUCCCACACUGCCAGCCCCCGUGGCCCUGGCCGGCCAGGAUCUGUGUAAAGAAGGAAGAGGUCCACGGCACAAGGCCUCACACGGCCAUGGUCACCGAGCCGUCAGAGUCCGGGCUUCUUUCCAUCCACUCUGCUCCCGGUCUCGGGCUGCGGUCUUCCGCACACUAUUAAUUGUCCAUCCAGCCAGUCUUUUCAGAGGGAGCUGGAGCUGGGGGCUCCAGGGACAGAGGCAGAGGGUCACCGGGGCCAGCGGAGGGCUUGGACGUCAGUGAGUGGGUAGCUUGCGCUGCCUGGGGGCUGGUCCCGCCCCGGCUUUCUGGAUGGGGAAUUUGCACUGAUCUGUAGUUGUCCCACGGUAGGGCCCUCCUCGAGUGCUGGUCCUCCCGCCUCAUUGCCGGCCUUUGCUGAGCGGCUGUGGCACCUGGCCAGGGUGCUCAGCCUGAGGUGCAUCCGUUGGAUUCCUGCAGCCCGGUCCACGGCAGCUGCACGGUCCUCCCCCAGGGAUGCUGGCUCCUGCCCGCGGCCAUCACAUGGGUGUCUGUUCCCGUCCCCUACACACCGGCUGUCCCUGGGUGCCAGCGCUGUAGUGGGAACCAGCAUGGAGGGUGAAGAAUGAUUGUCCCCGUCAUGCCUGAGAGGAAACCAAGCUCUGGGUAGACACAGCCGCCCAAGGCAGGCACCAUGGACUGUCGCCAUCGGGGGUGCUGUCCCUGCUCCGCUAAGGCGCCAGUGGCUCACAGCCCAGUGCUGAGGGGUGCCGUCUCCUCACUCGCAUCUCAACGACAAGGGAUGACACUGAGGGCGGAUGGAGAAGCUCGCCGUGUUUGGUGAUGUCAGGAUGUCCCCUCCCGAGAACUGUCACCCAGGGGCGCCUCCACUCCUUCUCCAGCCAUGCUGAACUGCCUCCAAGAGGAAAUGCAUGUCGUGACCAUUUUAGGAUGUUUUCUUUGAGGACCACACACUCAUUUGGGGGACCCUCCCCACAAACCAACACAUGGCUGCAGAGAAUGUGGUCUCCGCAGUGAGUCCUGCUUGGAGACGCUGGACUCUACCCAGUUUCAUCUGGCCCAGGAGACGGCAGCAGAAUCAGGCGGUUUGGGCCUGGGCUCCGAGAGCAGAGUGCAGGCAGGGCUGGGCCGAGCCAGGGUCCUGUCUUCACUGCGUGCACUGCAGACAUCACCAGGAAACGGGCCCGCCUGAGGGUGUCCUCGGGGGCACCCUUGGACUUGUGUGUGUGUAAAAGCACAAAACGCAUGUGCACUCACUCCUGGCCAUAUUUUACUUACACACCAGUGGGUCCAUUGAGUUUUUCUUUUUAAUCAACAUGAAUGAAGAAUGUCUGUUUAUAAUAGCGCUGUAAAAUCCAGGCGACCUGGACAGUAUUAUAUGUACAUAUCUACCUAAUUAAACUUAACAAUCACAAGAUCGGACGACUUUAUCCCCUGAGGAUGUGGUAAAUUGUACAGAAAUCUUGCUGAAGCCAAAAUCCAGCUCUGAGGGCCCUACACACUUGCCGGGGUCUUCGGUGCCAGCGUCUCCCUUUGUGAUUCCGAUGUCCAAGAGGAAACGAGUUUGAAGCGAGAAGUUCCAUCAAAUCAUAGGUUUAACAUUCACCAUCUUCAAAGUCCCGAUUUUACACAGCCUUUGGAGGGAGUCUUAACACAGUUCCUACUUCCUGACAUCUGUUUGAAACUUUGGGUACCAAACCACAAAGCGGGUUGGGUAGACAGAGGGCUCAGAAGCAAAGUGUGUCUUUGGGUGCCUGGAAGAUAACCGUGUGGAUAAUGAAAUGUGGGCAAGGAAACGUGGCGGGGGGGUGGAGAGCCAGGCGGGCGGGGCUGCGGGGUCUGGGUCGCCGCUUCUGCGUCCGCCCCUGCUCCGCUUGGGUGUGGGGCAUUCGCACCGUGGUCGUGCUGUGCUGGGUUUUGGUUAUUUCUUCCCCUUGGGCGGCUCUCUGAGGGCAGAGCCCUGGGGGGAAGGGAAGAGGGUGAAGUAGGUCCGCGCUUUGGAUUCUGUAACACUAGGUGCAUUCUUUUUUUCUCGGGUGUUUCAAUGGAUUAUCCAACUGUUGAAUAAAAUUAUAAAUAUGUUAAUACCAGCUUUUUUCCAAUAAAAUAACAAAUGUUACAUCUAA